UCCAUUUUAAAAAUAGUGGUGGUGAAGAUAUGUAUUUUGAUGCCAAUGGUGACCCACCAGCAAGAUACGAUAUCCACAACUUUGUCUUGUUUCCUGAUGGAACUUCUAGAUACGUUCAAGUGGGUAGCUUUGAGAGCAGAGCUGUUGGGCAACCAGAACUAAACAUCAGUGUAGAAGAAAUGUUCUGGAAUGAAAGAUUCAGAGAGGUACCAGACUCUGUCUGCACUGAAAGUUGUCGUCCUGGAUAUCAAAAGGUUUCACGGCAAGGACAACCCUUCUGUUGUUUUGACUGCAUAUCCUGUUCCAAGGGAGAAAUCACUAACCAAACAGAUGCUGUGAGUUGCCUGAAGUGUGCAGAGGAUUUCUGGUCCAAUGACAAACGAAAUAUGUGCAUCCCAAAAGUUUUUGACUACCUGUCCUAUGAAGAUCCUAUUGGAGCCACAUUAGCUUUUUGCUCUUUUAGCCUAGGUAUGCUGACAGUUUCCAUUCUCUGCAUUUUUAUUAAGUUCAAGGACACUCCCAUAGUCAAGGCUAAUAACUGUGAACUCAGUUACUUCCUGUUGUUGGCUCUUACACUCUGCUUCCUUUGUUCUUUGAUCUUCAUUGGUCGUCCCAUGAAACUGAACUGCAUGUUUCGUCAAGUAGUAUUUAGUCUGACAUUUUCCCUGUGUGUGUCUUGCAUUCUAGCCAAAACUGUCACUGUGGUGAUUGCCUUUAGUGCCACAAAGCCGGGCAGUAGGCUGAGAAGCUGGGUAGGACCAAGGGUAUCCAUUUCUGUUGUCAUCAUUGGGUCACUAGUUCAGGUGAUCAUAUGUUUCGUCUGGUUGUCUGUUUUGGCUCAAUUCUCAGAACUCAACAAGAGCUCAGAAGAUGGAAAGAUAAUCAUUGAGUGCAAUGAAGGGCCAGCAUUAGCCUUUUGGAGCAUGCUGGGAUACCUUGGCUUCCUAGCUGUUGUCUCAUUUGUGGUUGCCUUUAUAGCCAGGAACAUACCUGGUAGCUUUAAUGAGACCAAGUACAUUACCUUUAGCAUGCUUGUGUUUGUCAGUGUGUGGCUGUCAUUUAUACCUGCAUACCUGAGCACCAGAGGAAAGUACAUGGUGGCUGUGGAAAUUUUUGCCAUCUUAGCUUCUAGUGCUGGAAUGUUGGGCUGUAUAUUCUUACCCAAGUGCUACAUCAUAAUACUGAGACCAGAGCUAAAUACCAGAGGAUAUAUGGUAGGGAAAGGUGACACUAAACUAUAGCAAAUGAUGGUUGAUAUGUAACUUUUGAUUUUAAACUGCUUGUUAAUUGGCCCUAACCUUAAAACUACACUGGUGUAUAGAAAGAGUUCAAUGAAAGUUAAUUUUGAAAUUGCUCUGAAAAUACUGUCAUAAAGUCAUUCUGUGCAAAUGGGAAUACUGUGAUCCUGGGUAGUUUCUGAAAUAUAAUGUCUUAACCAGAAUGGAUGUUCUAGAUGAUGUCGUACCUAACCUGCUAAGUAAGAAGGACCAUGCUACUUGUACUACUAGUCAGAGCUGAAUGAAAAUGUUCCUGAUCAGCUACAUAUCUUCAUGGCAUUCAGAACACAAGUUUUAAUAACCAUGUAGCAAAAAGAACCUGUUAUCUGAAAGUGGCUUUUUACCACACGUAAUAAAAUAAACUU